AUGACGGCUGCCAUGACGCCUGAGGUCUGGGACCAACUGAAACACCUACGUGAGGACAGAGAAAAGCUCAAAGAGGCCGCAGAGAGAGCCCUGCAAGAUGGUGAUGAGGGUGGCUUUGAGUUUCAGAACAUGCUGGCCAGUGAGAUCACCGAGAAGAUAGAAGAGAUCGAGAACAAAUAUGGCUCUCAACCGCCUCUUCCUGGUGCAAAGAACGAGCCGGAGGCAAAGAAAGGCUUGCCGCUGCCACCUCCACCAGCUGUUCCAGCACCGCCAGGGUUUCCUUUGCCGAAGCUGCCCGGACUUGGAAUGCCUGGUUGUGGCAAUAUUCCGCCUGGCGUUAGGGCCAGCAUUCCAGCAGGAGUGGCUGCAAACUUGCCUCCAGGUAUUCCAAACAUUCCACCUGGUGUGGCCAGCGCACUUGGAAAGAUGCAAGCUGUUCCUGGUGCCCCACCUGUACCAGGUUUUCCACCAUUGAUGGGAGUGCCUGGCGUGCCUGGCGUGCCUGGAGUGCCUGGAGUGCGGCCACCUGUGGUGCCUGGGAUGGUACCACCUUUGCCACCCAUCCCCGGGCAAGCAGUCAACCUCACGCAGCAGCAGGCAAUGGAGUAUGAAGAGACCAAAGCUCGAGACACUGCACUGGAGCCAGAAGUCAUUGAGCUGGUGCACUACUUCAAGAUUUCAGAUAGACACGCGAGGAUGUUGAACGAGCAGCUCAAGAGACGGAACAACACAUACGAAGAGGAUAUCGCAUCCUUGUACGAGAUCCUGAAGGGUGCCAAGAAUCCAGGAGACCUUCUGAUGGUCAGCAUCCGUUGGAUGGAGCGAGGGGUCUUUCGCGGAACGCUCACUCCCAACCCAGCUGUGGAAAAGGCUGCUAAGAAGUACAAGUUGGAUGCGCCAUCUGCUUGCAAGCUCGCAGAAGUUCUGGAAUGCAGAGAUGAUCCAGACACUGAUCUCAGGAAGAUCAGUGAUCACCUCGCAGCCUCCAACAAGCCUUCAUCGCUGGUGAUGCAGAUGCUGCGGGAUAUCAAGGCCGGCAAGCCUAUUGAGCCCUGCACUCGAGCGCCAGCGAUUGGUAGCUAUCUUCACAAGAAGGAGACAAACACAAAGCAGGCCAAGAGUGGGAAAAGCAGGACGCCCACUAGACGCAGCCCUAGUCGCGAUCGACGACAUCGCGGCGGCCGUGCCGGCCGGAGUAGAAGUCGCGGUGGUCGUGGUGACCAUGGUGGUGCAGAGGCCCACCCUGGCAAUCGAGGAGACCGGGGGGACCGAGGAGACCGAGGAGACCGAGGCGGUCGUCCUGGAGGCGAUGCUGAUGGGCGUCGCCAUGGCAGAAGUCGCAGCCGUCGACGGGGUCGCGACGACAGAGUGGAGGAUUAUGCAGGUGAGGGCAACUGA